ACUGAAACGUAAAGACCCUCUCCGCGUAUUAGCUGACACUUUUGCAAAUAAGGUUUUUGGAGUUCAACCCUUUUUCCCUCUUGUUCCGUCCAACUAAUCGCGCUUCCGUCGCCGUCGCAGAGUAUCGUAAUCCAAAAUUUUCCGGCAUUUGACGCCCGAGACGUUUCUUUAACGAAGAUCCAAAAAUCUCGGGUUUGAUCGCGAAUUCAGAUAAUUAGGGUUUCGAUUUGGGGGUUUUGACUCAAUCAGAGAUGUAAUAGUUUUUAAUCAGUUACUCAAUCGUGGAAGAGAAAGGUCAAUGAGUUAUUUGUGUGCGACAGUGUUUCUGAAGAAAUGAAAUUUAUAAACUCGGCAGCAUCCUUAUGCAGGAGAGUUAGUCUGAGGGAACUUAUCACCGAGGUUCCUGCUUACGGUGGCAGUGGCAUCUCCGAUUGUUCUUCGAGUGGGUUGAGUUUGGUGUUGAAGCGUUGGGCUACUAAGAAAACUGCUGGUUCCACCAAGAACGGACGUGACUCUAAACCCAAGAAUCUCGGCGUCAAGAAAUUCGGAGGAGAGAAUGUGAUACCUGGAAACAUAAUAGUCCGUCAACGUGGGACUCGGUUUCAUCCGGGAGACUAUGUCGGGAUCGGGAAGGACCAUACUCUGUUUGCAUUGAAGGAAGGACGAGUCAGGUUCGAGAAAAACAAGAUAACUGGACGGAAGUGGAUUCAUGUUGAUCCCAAGGGAGGUCAUGUUCUUCACCCUAUCUACACUAAAGCUGCUGCCGCCAAGUCGACUGGGAUGGAGACAGCUUCGUCUUCCUGAAAAGAGUUGAUUCAACAAUCUAAAGGUGUCUUAUUUUGUUAGAUAAUACUUUCUCUUGACUAAAAGACGGUGGUGGUAUCAAAUAUUUUGUUAUCAAGUACAUUGCAAUUGCAUGGAAUAUCUCUUUGCUGGUGAAA